AUGAAAUUAUCUUUCAUUAAAAACAUUUCUAACAAUGAAGAGUAUAGGGUUACUAAUUUUAAAAGGAAAACGGAGGAUACAAUAAUAAAUAUAAUAAUACCAAAUAAAAAGAAUAUAUAUAGUUUUUUAAUGAUAAUAUUGGCAAUAGUAAUAUUAUCAUCACAUAUAAAAGUAAACGCGUACUAUAAUAAUAAUAAUAAUAAUAAUAACGGAAAUAAUAAUAAUAAUAAUUUUUAUAAUAUUUUAAACUUAAAUUUAAAUAACGAUAAACUGGUAGAACAACAAGAACAACAACAAGAACAAAUUAAAUUAUAUUCAAAGAUUAAAAUAAUUAAUACAGUGAUUGAAAGUGAUGGUGUUGAUAUAGUUUUUAAUAAUAGUGUUUCAUUUAAAAACUUAGCCUAUCUAUCAGUUUCAGAAUAUAUAACAAUACCUAUUGGUUUAAUACAAAUUGAUUUGUAUGAUUCAAAAUCAAAAAAACAUUUAGAAUUUAAACGUUUUCAAAUUGAAAAUGAUACAGACUAUACUUUAAUUACUACUGGUAUUUUUAAAAAACAAGAAGAGCAAAAACAGGAAGAAGAUAAUAAAAAUAAUAGCAAUAAUAAUAAUAGUGAUGAAGAUAUUGAUGAUGAUGGAUCAAAUUAUUCAAUAACAAUUUUAUCAGAUAAUUUUAAUUUUCCAUCAUUAAAAAAGAGAACUACACUUAGAUUUAUUCAUUGUUCAGCAGAUGUUAGAGUUGGUGUUGAUUUUAGUUUGGUGAAUGCCGCCACACUGUUUUCAAAUGUAGAGUACAUUGGUGAUCGUAAUCAUAUGAGGAGUAAAAGUUUUGGUGCCUCUACAAACUUUAUCUCAAUACCAAAAUCAAAUCCAUAUCAAGUUUUCAUUCACGAGACUGAUAACGAAAAAAAACAAUUAACCUUGCCUGAAAAUUUACAUCCAAUCUAUGAUAGUCCAUGUACUAUUAGUUUUCUUUUAAUUGGCUCAAUCGAUAAUCCAAAAUAUCCUCUUCAAAUUUUCUCUAUAAUUUAUCCUUUACCUUCAAUUCAUGCUUCUCAAUUCUCUGAAAAACAACAUUUAUUAUCAAAUAAUUAUCAAUUUAAUAAUAAUAAUUUAAAGCAACAACAACAACAACAACAACAACAACAACAGCAACAACAACAACCAAUUCUACAACAACAACAGCAACAACAAAAACAACAACAACAACAACAACAACAACAACCAAUUCAACAGCAACCAAAUAUACCCUCUUCGACAAGUCCUUCUUCAACAACUUUCUUAAAGUUUUCAAUUGCUGUUCUUUCUUUUGUUUUAUUAGCUCUUCUUAGUGUUGUUUAG